CUCUCGUCCUUAUAACUAUCUCUUCAGCUAUGGGUAACAAACGCAAGGACAAACAUACGGAUGCCUCCACGAGCACCGGAAGUUCCAAAGUCAAAAAGGCUGAAGCUGAAGCCUCCACCAGCUCUUCGCCAGAAAAGAGCACUGAUAAAACACCGGAACGACAACCUUUCUCGACUCUGGAUCUAUCUGAGCAGACAACCAGGGCUCUCGCUGACAUGGGGUUUAGCACAAUGACUCCGGUUCAAGCUAAAUCAAUACCCGUUCUUCUUGCUGGAAAAGAUGUUCUUGGUGCAGCUCGAACAGGUUCUGGAAAAACGCUUGCAUUUCUUAUUCCUGCCGUUGAGCUAUUGCAUCGACUAAAAUUCAAGCCCAUGAAUGGGACAGGAAUUAUCAUCGUCUCUCCAACACGAGAGCUCGCAUUACAGAUCUUCGGUGUAGCCAAGGACCUUAUGCAGCAUCAUUCACAAACGUACGGGAUCGUAAUGGGUGGUGCAAAUAGGAGAGCAGAAGAGGAAAAGUUGACGAAAGGUGUGAAUUUGAUUGUAGCUACUCCGGGACGAUUAUUGGAUCAUUUGGAGGGCACGAAAGGGUUUAUCUUCCGGAACUUGAAAGCGCUGAUUAUUGACGAGGCUGAUCGGAUAUUGGAGAUCGGGUUCGAGGAGCAGAUGAAGAAAAUUAUAUCAAUUCUACCUAACGAAAACAGACAAUCCAUGCUAUUUUCCGCAACGCAAACAACGAAAGUCAACGAUUUGGCACGAAUAUCAUUACGACCAGGUCCUGUCUCCAUCGAUGUUGACAAAGAGGAGUCGACAAGUACAGUAACAACACUUUCCCAAGGAUACGUUGUUUGUCCCUCAGAUAAACGUUUCCUGCUUCUCUUCACCUACCUCAAACUGAACCGGAAGAAGAAGAUAAUCGUCUUCUUUUCCAGUCGAAAUUCAGUCAAAUAUCAUGCCGAAUUACUGAAUUAUAUCGACGUCCCUGUCCUCGAUUUGCAUGGAAAUCAAAAACAACAAAAACGGACGAACACAUUCUUCGAGUUCAUGAACGCGGAAACCGGAAUUCUGCUUUGUACGGACGUCGCUGCUCGAGGUUUAGAUAUUCCACGAGUGGAUGUGAUCAUCCAGUACGAUCCUCCAGAUGACCCCCGCGAUUAUAUUCAUCGUGUUGGUCGUACUGCUAGAGCAGGAAAAGUCGGCAAGAGUCUACUGUUCCUAUUAGAAAGCGAACUUGGUUUUCUUCGAUACCUCAAGGAAGCAAAGGUACCAUUAAAUGAAUUUAGUUUCCCCCAAGAACGAAUUUUGAACAUCCAAACUCAAUUGGAAAAGCUCUUAUCUAAAAACUACUACCUCCACCAAUCGGCAAAGGACGGAUUCCGGUCCUACCUCCAAGCCUACGCGUCGUAUUCACUCAAAAAGAUCUUCGAUGUCAACGCGCUAGAUCUAGCGAAGGUCGGGAAAGCAUUCGGGUUCGCUGUACCUCCGCGUGUCAACCUUAAUUUGGGAGUUGGAUCUGUUAAAACAUCCUCCAACACACAGAAGAAUGGAAGGAAAAGGCCGAGAAGCGAAGACAAUGAGGGGGAUGAUGAGGAUGAUAUUAUUAUGGAGGAGGUGACCAAUGCACAGGAGGUGGAUAACGCUUCGGAAGCAGAGGAUGAGGACCAAGAGAGGCAAGAGAGAAGUGGCAGAUCUCAGGCGCGCCGAGAUGGAGGGAAGCAACGGAGAUUAGAAUCUUUGGGGCAUAAGAAAGUAUCAAAGGAGUUUUAUAAAAAGGAUAAAGAUCGACAAAAGAUGGGGAACAAAGGUCAAUGGAGUAGAUGAUCUCGACCAUCUCUGUCUCGGUCUGUCUCGGUUUGUUCAUUUGCUGUAUCUUGCUUCUGUACUUCAUCUAGGCCCGGGUUAAACGUGAGCGCUACGACAAUGUCAACCACUGCGGACUCCCGCCUACUCCCGCUCCCGGUCAAAUCCUUUGUUGCCGGACCGAUAUCUUCGGCUUGACAGCUGACCGCUUGGCGUCCGUUUGGCGUCCGUGCACCCUCACACACUGUCUCCUCACGAUGGACAUGCACCCGUAAUUUCUUGAAAUAACUGUAAAAAGAAGUGUAAUCAGUUUCAAAGCCUAGUAUUGAGAGGUUGGCAUCAUACAUUGAGGAUUUCUAAUAAAUAAGAGGCACUCAUGUGAUGACAAUGUAUCAGGAUGUUGAGUGGGUGCUCGUUUGUGGUCAUUGUUGCUACCGUCUACGUCGGGUCGACAUCGUCGAAUUCAGGAUGUGUCAUAUGUUUAAUUUUACGACCCUGAAAGAGAGA